AUGAUGCACGAAGUGCUGAUAGCCCUUGCGGGCUUCCCGGGGGACGUCUUCGUCUACGAGACACCAGAGAUUCCGCGCGAAGAAGCGGCGCUGCUGCGCGGCUCCUCCGCGGCGCCGCCGGCGCCUGCCUCGUCGCUUGCCGCAGACGCCUCUGCAGACGAGGCCAGCCGCGCAGGCGGAUUGUUUCUCCAUCCGCAGGUCGCGGGCUUUUUCGCGAAGGCCGAGCAGGAGCUCCUGACUCGCCUCGUGCGCCCCGGCUUCCACCUGAUGCAGGUGCGGGCAUUCAUCGCCGCGGUGGAGCAGCAGACGCCUGCCUUCUGGAUAGGUCCUACAGGCUCUGCAGACUCUCGGCCGCCGGCAAGAGAGGGCGGCGACCCGCCGGGGGGCCUCGAGGCGGGCUCGCCGGUUUUCUACAGGGGCCUCUACGUCUCCGCGAUGGCGCGCGCGAUGGAUGCCUGCGUCGAGGAGUAUCUCAAGAAGCUCGUGGACAUCGAGACGCAGCUUCUUCUUCAGCCUCUGCUGCCUCUAACGGCUCUCCAUGCGCUUCUCGCCACCGAGCAGUGCAAGAUGGAGACGCUCUACGACAUCGUGUGCAAGGUCCGCAGCUUGGCGAUCGCGUGCCGCCUCGCCUCGGUUCCUUCGUUUUCUGCAACUUCAGCCUUUGCUUCCUCGGCUUCUUCCCUCCCUGCGCAGUCGGCGCUGCGUGAGCCCGCUCAGCGAGAAGAGUCGCAGACGUUGACGGUCUCCUGCGGCGCGCUGCUUGACUUUCUGUGGCAAGGCACGCGCAGCGGAAACUCUCUUGUGCAGCAGGUCUACCGGCCGCUGCUGGACGCCUGCGUGCACGUCUUCAUCUUCCAGCUCUCCUCUUGGCUGCUGGCUGGUCAGCUGCUCGACCCUUUUGGCGAGUUCUUUCUUGCGCGCCGCUCGCCGGUCUUUCCGCUCUCUUCGUUCUUUCCUUCGUCUUCCUUCUCGCUGUUUUCGGGGCUUCCUCUCUCGCAGAAUUUGAGGCGCGCGAGCCGCCCCCCCGCCGGCGACCAGACGUCGCUGUCUCUCUCUCUUUCUCUCUCGUCUCGUCCCUGCGUCGCGUCUCGUUCCUGCGCAUCUUCUUCGGCCGGCGCGUCUGUUUUCUCCGCUGGGCUCUCCGCGGACUGCUUCUCAUACGAGAACUUGACGCAGCCACUGUCGCCCGCAGAGCUCUGCUUCGAGUGGGAGUGCGACUUCUCCCUCGUCCCGCCGCGUCUGCCCGCGUCGUGCUUCCCUUCGCUCAAGGCUCCAGCCGCCGCGUCGUCGCCGGCUGUCUCCGCCUUGGGGGGGGCGCCCUCCGCGGGCCUCUUCGGCGCGAGCCGCGGCGACCGCAGAGCGCCGCUCCCAACUUUUCUUCCGCCGGCAGGGGCUGCCACCGUCGUCUUCGUCGGGAAAGCGGUGCGGGUGCUGACACGCAGCGGCCGCUGGACGGAGGCGCAGAUGCAGCAUCUGCGGCCGCUGGUCGCGCGCAUGCGCCGGGCGUUUCGCCACCCCGCCUCGCCAGCGUCUGUGAUUCUUCCUUGCCUUGAGGUCCUUCGGCGCAUUACCGGGCGCCUGCUGUGGGAGCUCAUCGCUGACGAGGCGGCGCUGGAGGAGCAGCUGCUUUUGCUUCACGAUUUUUUUCUUCUUGGCAACGGUCACUUUUUUCAAGUUUUUCUCGACGCGGCGACGCGCUGCACGCGGCGCCACUUCCCGGCUUCCGACUCGCUGGCGCCGUCGCCCUUCACGUCGCUUCUCUCCUCUGCGCGCCUCGCGACGACUUUCGAGCUCCAACUCCGUCGGUCGUGGCAGCACGCGCUGACUGAGACGGCCUCCUCGUCCGCCGAGACCUCCGAGCAGCCCUCGCGGCGCAUGCAGGGUGCCGAGCGGGAGAGAGAGACUUGUCGCCUCGCGCUAAAAGCCGACGCAGCGGAAGACGAAGGCGUGCGCAAAACAGCGUUGGAGCCUGCUGCGCGUCUGCGCGCGUCUUCCGCCUCGCGCGCGGCCUCUGCGACGCCGCGCUCUGCAACGCCACGCUCUGCGACACCACGCUCUGCGACACCACGCUCUGCGACACCACGCUCUGCGACACCACCCUCUGCGAUUGUGACGCCGAGGUCGCGUCCUCCCCUGCGGGCGCCCUGUGCCGCUCAGGCGAUGAACCACGCAGAAAGAAACCGCUUUUUUGUCGCGCGGCGACAGCGGGCGACGCCGCGCGCAGCGGGCGAGGCAGACGCGGAGAACCGCGCGCUCCGCGCCUUCCGCCUUCGCGUCCUCGGCCGCGGCUUCCACGUCGCAGACUUCUGCAGCGCAGAGAGUCGCCGGCUUGCGAUGACUCGCCGGUCGGAGGCGCGGCGAGCGCGCCAGCGACUCCGGCACGACCCAUUCGCGCGAGAGGACGGCGAUGGAGAGUCGGCAGCCUCCUCCUGCUUGCAAGUUGGAACGGACUUUGUGCUCCGCGGCCGCGCUCGAGUUCUCGAGAGCGGCGUGUUGGAGCUGGGGCGGGGAGGCGCGGGGGGCGAGGGCGAUCGGCAGUCGACCGCGGCGGCCGGCGAGGACGGAGGCAAAGCUCCGAGCUGCCCGCUGGCGGCCUGCAUCCACGUCGACAAACAGAGCGUCGCGCACGGGUUCAAGCACUCGGUGCGCUUUUGCGUGGCGCCGGCGUCUGCGGGCGCGGCUUCGCAUGGCGCGCUCGACCUGUCUGUGUCGUCGCCGACGUCUCUCUAUCCCGAGCUCGCGCAGCCGCUAGGGGCGGGGUUCGCCGUCGUCUUUCAGAGCGCGAAAACGCCCGCGUCUUUUCAGCCGCGCGCCCCCAGCCCCUCGUGCCCUGCCUGCGACACGAGCUGUCCUCUUUACUGGCCUCGAACGGGGGACUGCGUCGCUGUCGAGGUCCGCGUGGCGAAGCUCGCGCGCCGCGCGCUGCGGGCUCUCGAUCGCCACGAGCGCGGAGACGGCGCGGAGGACGCAAGCGAAGAGAGCGACGAGGGAGCGUUGUCGGAGUCCCUGCGCCUCGACGACGAGGCGGUGCUGGUUGCGGACGUUGCUCUCUUCCUCGGAGGAGUGCAGGGGAAGUGGGCACAGGGCCGGGUGGAGGGCGUGUCGGCGUCGUCGCCUGCAGCCUUAUUCGGCUCCUUCGCUGUGCCGCCGACGAGCGCGGAUGCCGCUUCCGCCGCCUCCUCUUCACCCCCGGAGGUCUUCAAAGUGCAGCAAGCUAGGCGCGAAUGGCCGCUUCACGCGUGCGAGGACUUGGCGGACGAGGCCCUCAGACUCAAGCUGCACUACCUGGCGGAGCGCCACGAGCUUCGGGUGUACGUACAGCGCGCCUCCGAGCGUGAAGAGGACCCAGAGGCGAAAGGCGCGCGGGACUCUGAGAAAGACAUGAGGAACCUGCAACCUUCCCUCCGGGCGAAAUCUGAGGAUUCCCCCGUUCUUCGGGUGCCGUUCUUUGACCUCGCCCAGGUCGUGACGACCGAGCAAGGCGCGGCGUUCGUCGGGUUGUUCAGCGUCCCUCUGUGUCAUGAGCAUCGCCUGGCGGCCUUAGCGCAUCCACGCGAGAGAGCCUCCCGCUGCACGAUGACAAGCAGUGACUGCCCGAUUCUCGUCCACGAGUGGAGCCACGAGGCGCAUCCGGGCCCCCUGCAACUGCCGUCGGCCGCGGCGCUUGGCGAGUUCCAGAAUGCCUCGCUGUCCGCGCCUGGCGCCGAGAGAGACUCGGGGCUCUCUCUGCACGCCAAACUGCGCUCGCAAGCGGAUCUGUGGCAGCAGCUGCAGCUGCUGUUUCUCCCGCGGUGGCCGAUUCCUCUGCUCAUCUCGUCCGCGAAUCUGGAGUGCUACAACGCCCUCUUCCAGUUCCUGCUCGAAACCAGGCACCUUCAUUUCGAGCUCCAGCGCCUCUGGCUGGACGGAGGCUUCAUCCGGAAACGGCAGUGGUGCCGGCGGCCAGGGGGCGGGCGCGCACGGGUCUCUCCCCGGGGUGCGGCGGGGGCCCGGGGGCCCCCGGCCGAAGCCCGCGAAGAAACUCAGAGCUGGGACGCGGUGUGGAUGCUCCGCGCGCGCAUGACGUUUCUGCUCGGUCACGUGCUGCAGCACCUGCUGACGGUAGUUGUUCAGCCGGCGUUCCGCCACUUGCAGAACGUGGUCCGGGAGAGCGUGGACUUUGAUCAGAUUAAGUGCAGCCACGAUAGUUUUCUUCUUCAGCUUGCCUCGAAAUGCUGGCUGCGGCUCUCUUCGCUCCUCCGGCCCUUCCUCCAGUCUCUGCAGAGCGUGCGCCGCUUCGUGGAGGUCUUCGGCUGCCUUGUCGAGCGCCACACUGCGACGCUCCGGGGGGGCCCGAGCCGCACCCGCGACGGCAGCGGCAGGAGUCACGCACUCGAUGCCUCGACGACCUCGGUAUCUGACUCGCUCUUCACUGAGGCGGUCAUGGGCGUCGAGGAGUGGCGCGUUGUGCGCGUGAAGCUGCGCGCGAUCCAGGACGAGCUCCAUAGGGGAGUUUUAGGAUUCUUCGCGGAACUUGCGGCGCUUCGCCAGAACCCGCUGCAUGCGCAGCUCGACGCGCUCAUGGUGGACUUUGACUUCAACGGCUUCUUUUCGAAGCUCUCGGGCCACAAAUUGCUCGGGGCUAUCUCCGCCUCCUCGCCCCAGCCUUCGCCGACUGCGUCCGCUCCUGCAGCGACGUCGUCUUCUUUCCGCGUCGUUCCAACGCGAGGUCCGUCUGCCGUAGCCGCGUCUGCCGCAGCGCUGGACGUCUUUGCCGCUGGACAGGGGCCCUCGAGGGGGACGCCCGCCGCAGCCGCGUCGCCGAUGCCGCAGUCUGAGGCGGAGGCGUGGAGAGACAGAGCCGCAGGCUCGAGGCGCCCAGGGACGCCGCGGCCGGCGCAGUUGAGCGAGGACGAAGAGACAGAGGAAGAGCCAGACGAAGAGUCAGGUGAAGAGGCGGACUCUGUAGGCGCAGGUGGAGGCGAGGGCGCGAGAAACGGCGCAGAGGGCUCGUUCGCGUUUCGGUGGGGCGGAGACGCGGAUAGCGAUGAGCGCAGUGGGUGGGAGAGCCGAGGAGACAGAGAGAGAAAAAGAGCAGACGCCUUCGAGUGGGAAGAUGGGCACGGUUUCAUGGAUUCAGGAGCAGCCUUUCUGCGUGCCCAUUCCUCUCUGUCGCGCGGCCCGUCGGCUUUCGAGCGCGGGCGCCAGGAAGCCCGUUCGCUUCAGAGACCGACCAACGCACCUUUCUCUCUACUGCGCGAUUCCCCGGAAGCCCCGGCGUCUCGCUGUCCGUCUUCGGCGGUCCCACUGCCGUCGUUUGCCUCCGUGUCUCACUCGCCUCCAUCUGCCCGGAGGGCCUUGGUCCCUCCGCCUCCGCCGGCGCCGAUGUUCGCGCCGGUGCGCGGCGGCGGAGUUGCUUCGGUGAGAGCGCCGCCGGAAGGGGGCGAGCGGCGGUCAAGCAGUCGAGAGUGCGGGGCUCCUUCCGCCGGGCGCGGGGAGCGUGUGGAGGAGCGCGCCGCGGGAGGCGCCGCUGUGGCUCCACCGGAAUGGAAGCCUCGUUUUCGCGGCUUUGCAGCGGACAGGCCCGCCGAAGAAAACGCACCCGGAGCCUCGCGGGAAAGCAAAAACUGCGUGGGGGUUCACGACGGGUCGCACGGGGCCCGCGGCUUCAAAGAGACGCCGCCCCAGCCGACAGACGCUUCGCUCCGGCAUCGCUCGCGGGACGCAGGAGCAGAGGGCGACUACAUGUGGGAUCCGAAUUUGUCUCGCGCCGAGGCAAGAAGAGACAGAGCCAGAGGCGACGCGGCAGCACAAGACACGACGCCGCACGCUCUCGGAGGAGACAGGGAUUCUUUCUGUGGCGACCUGCAAGCGCGGGCGAGGGCUGCGCUCAAGGAAGCGCGCGAGCGCGCCGCUCAGCGCAGGCUUCUUCAGUAUCAGCAGGACUCUCCAUCUUGGUCCUAG